CCAACCGGUUCAUUUACUAACAAUAGCAGUGCUAUAAAGACGUCUCUGUGAUAAAAUUCGGAUAAAUGUAUUUAUAGGAUAAAUUUUAGUGUUCUUAACAGAAAAAAACUGUUUUAGCGAUCGUGAUCACGAAUACGUGAUGAAAGUGUCUGAUGCGUAUAAUAUAAUAACAAACAAUUUUACGUAAUACUCCUAACCUUUGAAAUUAUAUAUAUAUAUAUAUGUCUGAUUGGUGUACUGGAACGCAGACAAAUGGAGGUGUUGUCGUUUUUUAUCCUGGUCAUCACACAGCUCGGACAUUCGCAGAAACUUGGUGAGUUGUGCCUCAAGCAGAACACAAGGACCCUCGGACUAUGCACGCCAGCAGCCAGAUGCGAGUCAGCGAAACAGGAAUACGCGCUCAAUAGAAUAAUACCGACAUUCUGUGAGAGAUUUGAGACCACGAUUGUCGUUUGUUGCAGCGAUAACACGUUGUCUAUUGGAUCGGUCAAUGUCCAACCUCCGACUCAACCGCUCAGAGCUCCGUCACCUGAACCCGUUCCAAGACCAACAAACAAUGAGCUCCGAGUGAGUGAGAAAAAAUGCGCUGAAUAUAGCAACGAUGUGGUCGAAAACAUCAACGUAACUGCCGGCAUAAGCACGUCGAAGUGUGACUAUAAUAAACAGCAUUUGAUAGUGGGGGGCGAAGAUGCUGAAAGGGGGGAAUUUCCACACAUGGCAGCGAUCGGUUGGAUAAACCUUGAAGGGACAUAUUCCUUCCUGUGUGGCGGGAGCCUGAUCAGCCCCAACUUCGUGAUGACGGCGGCGCACUGCUCCAAAUACGCCAAGAUGAGAAUCCCAAGACCCGUCAUCGUUAGACUUGGAGAUCAGAACAUUAAACCGGAGAAAUUCGACGGCGCAAAUCCCAUUGACGUCAAAAUCAAAAGUAUACAAAAUCACCCGCUGUACAAAUCCCCGGGCAAAUACAACGACAUCAUGCUGCUGGAAUUGGAGACGGAAGUUAAAUUCGAGGCGGCCAUUAGACCUGCUUGCUUGUGGAGUAAACCUGACUUCGAGGAGUACACGACAGCUGUAGCCACGGGCUGGGGUAUUACUGACCCACGAACACAGCGGACUUCCGACGAGCUCAGGAAAGUAUCGCUGUCGUUAUUCAACAAUUCAUUUUGUAAAAGUGUUUUGACACCAAAAAGGAAUCGCAACUGGCCGGAUGGGUUCAGAGACACGCAGGUGUGCGCUGGGGAGUUACGAGGAGGAAAAGACACAUGCCAGGGUGACUCAGGUUCUCCACUCCAAGUCGUCUCCAGACAGAAUAAAUGCAUCUUCUACGUUGUAGCCAUCACCUCCUUCGGGCCAGGCUGUGCUCUCAAAGGGACACCGGCUAUUUACACAAGGGUGUCCUCAUAUCUUGAUUGGAUUGAAUCCGUCGUGUGGCCAGAGGGAUAGUUAAUUUAAAUUGAAUUAACUCAAAUAGUUGUCUGUUCAAAUUUCAAUCUACCUUCGACCUAAUGUCGCUGAUAAGUAAAAUAGUUAGAUAUUUUGUUUGAUCGGACCCCGCGUCGUAUCAGAUUUAAUUUUUAAUGACAUCUAAUUUAUAUUUAAAUCAAUAUUUAACUAGAAUACAUAUAAAUUAAUUUUAAAACUCAAAAACCUAUUUAUUUGUUACUUUUUGUUCAUUUUAUUAAAUAUUCUGGUAUAAAAGUAACGAAAUAUCGAGGGUCCCUUUCUUUACUUAUAAACGUAAUUCCAUUUUAUUAAGAUGUAUAUUUUAUUCAUUUUCUUAAGUAACAGAUGACCCUAAUAAAGCCUUUUUUAAUAUUUUUUUAAA